AAAAAACAAAAAACACGUGUUGUGAUGAUUUAUGACAGUUAAAUUACAGUGCUUCGAUAAUUCACUACAUUUUACAAAUAAAAAAUUGAAAUAAAUGGUUUUAUCAAGUAAAUACAAACAUAUUUACAAAGAUGAAGAUAGAUCCUAAAAAAGUAGCAAAGUGCCCUUCACUCGCUUACACAAGUAAUCGAGAUUAUAGACAACCUCCGAAAAGUUUUAACCCGUAUUUACAAUGCCUUGGAGCCCCUCACAUAGAUUCGUUCAACUACAUGCUACAAGACGGCUUAAAAGCAGCAAUUGCAGACCUGAAACCAGUAGAUUUUGUGGCUGUGUCUGGAGAACGUGUGAAAAUUGUUGUAGAUGAAGCGGCAUUCUCGAAGCCCAGUGUUCCCAUAGAUGCUGUAGGUGUUAAAAACAUGAAAGUAUUUCCAACGGAAUGCAGACAGAGGGCAGUUACUUAUAAAGGUGAUUUCAGAGUUCGAUUGUCUAUAACUAUUGAUGGAAGGACUAUAACAGCAGAUAGAUCACUUGGAUUAUUACCUAUUAUGUUAAAGUCAAAAAUGUGUCACCUGGCUGACAUGACUCCUGAAGAGUUGGUUCAGCACAACGAACAUGCAGACGAGUGGGGUGGAUACUUUAUUGUUAAGGGCCAUGAGCGUCUGGCACGUAUGCUAUUGGUUACCAGACGUAAUUACCCAGUAGCAAUCAAAAGACCUUCUUGGAAGAUGAGGGGUAAUCUGUUCUCAGAUUAUGGUGUUCUUGUUCGGUGUGUGACAGCUGACCAGACAGCCACUAACAACGUGCUCCACUUCCUUCAAAACGGCACUUGUAAGUUGAUGUUCUCGCAUCGCCGCAUGAUGUACUACGCUCCGUUGGUUCUGAUCCUGAAGUGCUUGAUGGAUGCACCUGACCACUACAUAUACAGGCUCCUGCUACACGGAAAGAAGGACGACUUAUACUACGUCAAUUGCAUACAAAACAUGCUUCGCGAGCUGCACGAAGAGGGCUUGCAUUCGUCAGAAGACUGCCGUCUCUACUUGGGUCGUAUGUUCCGACCACGACUCUACGAACUACCGUCAGACGCCACAGACGAAGACGCAGCCAAUUUCCUUCUGAACAGAUCUCUGAUGAUACACUUGGACAAUAAUAGGGAUAAGUUCCACGCGCUAGUGUUUAUGACGCAGAAGCUGUGCGACUUAGUGCAGAACAAGUGCAAGGUAGAAGGGGCUGAUGCAGUGAUGGUCCAAGAGUUGCUCCUCGGGGGACACCUGUACCUUCAAGUUCUGAAGGAAAGGCUGCAGACCAUGAUGGUAAUGAUGCGAGUUUUGAUCAACAAGCGGUGCAAAGGGUCGGCCAAACUCAAUAUGUCUGCUAGCGACAUUCAGGCUAUGAUGCGCUCGGCGGGAAAUCUAGAAGGCAAGAUGGAUACGUUCCUUGCUACGGGCAACGCGCCAUCGAACAACGUGACUCUUACUCAGUACAAGGGAUUGACUAUAGUCGCUGAAAAUAUUAACCGGAUGCGUUACAUGUCGCAUUUCAAGUCUAUCCACCGAGGCUCCUUCUUUAUGGAGAUGCGUACUACUGAAGCAAGACAGUUGUUGCCCGACGCUUGGGGGUUCAUUUGUCCCGUACACACGCCAGACGGCGCGCCCUGCGGCCUGCUCAACCAUCUCACGAUGGCCGCGCAGGUUACACAACGUCCAGAAGCGCAGCAGCUGGCAAAUCUGCCGUUUGUGCUUGAAAAAUGCGGCAUGAACCCCAUAAGUACAGUGAGUGAUACGCCGCUAUCAAGCGACGUAUACAAAUAUCCAGUGUUUGUGGAUGGUAGACUGGCCGGCUAUUUGCCUGAAGAGGAUGCUGACAAGGCUAUCCAUCACCUUCGCGUGCUCAAAGUACGUGGUGAAGUGCCUGUGCAUACGGAAAUCGUGCUUAUACCUAAGAAACAGGUAUGCUCGCAGUACCCAGGCGUGUUUCUGUUCACGACCGAGGCGCGUAUGAUGCGACCUGUAAUCAACCUUGCCACCGGGCAACUAGAACUAAUAGGGACAAUGGAGCAACUUUACCUAGACAUCGCCGUCUGCCAAUCAGAGAUCAUUAAAGGUAAAAGUACACAUUUGGAGCUGUCGAAGUCAGCAUUCAUGAGUAACUUGGCUCAAUUGGUGCCGAUGCCUGACUGCAACCAAUCGCCACGUAACAUGUACCAGUGUCAAAUGGGUAAACAAACCAUGGGCACGCCCAUACACACGUGGGCCACAAACGCUGAAACUAAACUGUACAGACUCCAGACGCCGGCCACUCCACUGUUUAGGCCUACGCACUACGACAACAUAGGCCUGGACGACUACCCAUGCGGCACGAAUGCGAUUGUCGCCGUUAUAUCCUAUACGGGCUACGAUAUGGAAGACGCUAUGAUCAUAAACAAAUCCGCGUACGAGCGCGGUUUCGCCGCCGGCUCCGUGUACAAAUCGGAAUUUGUGGACUUGAAACACAACACGUCAUUCUUCCAGCGGGACCCGAACAUACCGGAACUCGUGGCCUAUAUGGACGCGGACGGAUUACCGCCAGUGGGCGCUAGAGUGCAACCCGAAGACCCAUUCUAUUGUUUCUUCGACGGCGAGAAGAGUCAAUACUCAGUGUCCCGGUACCACGGCAAGGAAGAAGUGUUCGUGGACAGCGUGCGACUCUGCGGGGACUUCAGCUUCAAGACGCCCACCAAGGCGUGCAUCAUGCUGCGACUGCUGCGGUACCCAACAGUGGGCGACAAGUUUGCGUCCCGGGCCGGCCAGAAGGGCAUCUGUUCCCAACGCUGGGCAGCCGAAGAUCUCCCGUUCACAGAGUCUGGGCUUAUACCGGAUAUAUUGUUCAACCCGCACGGCUUUCCGUCUCGGAUGACCAUAGCCAUGAUGAUCGAGUGCAUGGCCGGGAAGGCUGCUAGUUUACAUGGACACGUGCACGACGCAUCUCCGUUCCGUUUCAACGAGAAAGACACGGCCAUAAACUAUUUUGGGCGGUUACUAGAAGCAGGCGGGUACAAUUACUACGGCACAGAGAGAAUGUACAGCGGCGUGGACGGUAGAGAGAUGACCGCGGACAUAUUCUACGGCGUAAUACACUAUCAGCGGCUUAGGCAUAUGGUCUCCGAUAAGUGGCAGGUGCGAACUACAGGCGUAGUGGACGCUUUAACUCGUCAACCGGUGAAAGGUCGUCGACGCGGUGGUGGUGUAAGAUUAGGCGAGAUGGAAAGAGACGCACUGCUGUCUCACGGCGCCGCCUUCAUACUGCAGGAUCGGCUAUUCCACUGCUCCGACAAGUGCGAGGCUGUUAUAUGUUCAAAAUGCGGGACAUUACUGGGCCCAAUCAUCGGGCGCACUGGCGACAAGAAGUCGACGGACACUUGCCGCCUGUGCGGCGACGGCGAGUUGGUCACCAUCGCCAUACCUUACAUCUUCAAGUUCUUCGUCACACAACUGGCAGCGGUCAAUAUCAACGUCAAGAUAAACUCCCUCGCUAUCAACAGCAGCUGCUAGGAAACAUACCUAUCCUAUGUAGGCUGUUUUAUGUGCAAAAUGCGGGACAUUACUGGGCCCAAUCAUCGGGCGCACUGGCAACUACAAGUCUACGGACACUUGCCGCCUGUGCGGCGACGGUGAGUUGGUCACCAUCGCUAUACCUUACAUCUUCAAAUUCUUCGUCACACAACUGGCAGCGGUCAAUAUCAACGUCAAGAUAAACUCCCUUACUAUCAAGCAGCAGCUGCUAGGAAAUAUACCUAUCCUAUUAAGAAUUAGUUUAAGAUAAAAAUUGAGAGGCAUGAACGCCACUCAUCGCCAUACCUUACUAACGUAAUCAAGUACUUCAUCAUACAAAAACCUUUCUAUCAACAGCUUCUAGGCCGUCAACCUAUCCUAUUAUGAGAUUUAUUUACUUACUAUAAGAGAGAGAGAGAGAGAGAUGAAAAAAGAGAUGUUUUUUUACCAACCAAUAGGAUUUAAUCAUUAGUACAUCUCCACUCUGCUUAGCUGCUGCAAUGAAUACAAUUGAAUUAAUGUAUGGUAAGAAUUCCUAAUAGAUAUAUUGAAAUAUAAAUAAGUCUUAGCAAUAUGUUAAUGAUCGGUAAAAAAAAUGUGUUUUGUAUCCAUUAAAAAAUUAAAGCAUACAAUAUUUUCUUAUAAAAUUAAAAGCUUAUUACAGAAGACUUUCGUGUUCAUUUAUCUCGUCUAACCUUAUGAUAUAAGGAAGUAAAC